UUAUGUUCCUUAUCACACUCUCUCUCUACGUCUGUCCCUGUCUCUCUCGUCCUUCCUCUGUUUCUCCUGCAACAACAGAUCUCUCUUUGUCCUCUCUCUCCCCCUCAGAUCACUAUGGCACAGCAGGAAGCUAGCACUUCCCCUGGUGCUGAGGUUGUAGGCCGUGCCUUCGUGGAGCAAUACUACCACAUUCUUCACCAAUCUCCCGGUUUAGUUCACCGGUUCUAUCAAGAUUCCAGCUUGCUAACCCGUCCUGAUCUUACCGGUUCUGUCACCACUGUCACUACUAUGCAAGCGAUCAAUGAUAACAUCAUGUCACUGAACUAUGAAGACUACACGGCGGAGAUAGACACUGCAGAUGCUCAGGAGUCUUAUGAGCGAGGGGUUAUUGUGUUGGUAACCGGACGCUUAACCGGGAAGGAUAAUGUGAGGAAGAAGUUCAGCCAAACAUUCUUCUUGGCUCCACAAGACAAGGGCUACUUUGUCUUAAACGAUGUGUUUCGUUUCCUCGAGGAGAAAGAGGUGGUGACUACACAAGCAAGGUCUGUGACCAUCAAGGAUGUUCAGGCUCCUGUUGAACCAGAAAGUGUUGUUGUUAGUCAUGAGGCUGAGGUUGAGCCAGAGCCAGUUGCUACUAUUGAGGAGGAAGAUAUUGAGAAUGUGGCGGAGGUGUAUGAUGAUCCUUGUGAGAAAGAUGGAGUUGUUGUUGACGUUGAGCCUAUAGAGCCUCCAGCUCAAAUAAUUCACAGUGAGAUUCUAUCAGUGUCUAAUGGAGAUCCUCCUACCUAUGCUUCAAUCCUCAAACUGAUGAAAAGCAGUCCAGCACCACCAACACACGUUGCUCGGAACAAGCCAAGAGCAGCAGCUCCAGUCAGAACCAACCAGAAGCCAGCUCCUCCUCCUGCUGAGACUGCAUUACCUCCCAAUGCUUCUUCAGGUCUUGAGAAUGAUCACAACAGUAGCAAUGUUGAUGUGGAAGAUGAUGGUCACUCGAUUUAUGUCCGGAACUUACCUUUUGACACCACACCAACACAACUUGAAGAGGUGUUCAAGAGCUUUGGUGAUGUUAAGCACGAGGGGAUUCAAGUCAGAAGCAAUAAGCAGCAAGGUUUCUGUUUUGGUUUUGUGGAGUUCGAAACAUCUAGUGGAAAGCAAAGUGCGCUUGAGGCCUCACCGAUUACAAUUGGUGAUCGUCAAGUUGUUUUGGAGGAGAAGAAAACAAACAGUCGAGGAGGUAACAAUGGAGGUGGUAGAGGAAGGUACUUUGGAGGAAGAGGAAGCUUCAGGAACGAGAGUUUCAAAGGAGGACGUGGUGGUGGUGGUGGUGUAGGAGGAGGAGGAAGAGGAUGGUAUGGAAGAGGUGAGUUUUCAGGUAGACCAAACCCGCGGAAUGGAGGAGAAGGUUACCAGAGAGUUCCUCAAAACGGAGGUGGUGGAAGAGGAGGCGGAGGACGUGGCGGGCCUCGCGGUGGUGGUGUUUCAUCUUGAAUUUGCAGCUAAUGUGCACCAGCAGCAUAAGAGAGUAGUUUUAAUUUUUGUUUUUGCAUUGUUUUUUUGGUGGGUUUAGUUUCUUGAUAUUCUUUUUUUUUUGUAUUCUCAUCCCUUUAAAUCCUUUGGAGACUUUAUAAAGAUUCAAUUUCAUAAGAAAUCCAUUAAAGAGUUCUUCCCACUCUGUGGAUGGUAA